AAACAAUCUCGGCCGCGCGUCUGCCCCACGACGCACCGCUGGACCAAAGCCAAACAGCAGCCAGCAGGUCCGCAGAUGUCGGCCCAAGAGCGCGCACGCGCCGUCCACAGCAGCCCCUGGCGAUUUCUGCAGGACCCGUGUGAUCUGUGGCUUGCCCGUCCCGCGCAUGGCCGAGCCUGAGGUGCUGUUGAGGCCGGAGGAUGGCAGCCGUGUGGCCUCGAUCACACUGAACCGCGCAUCCAAGCUGAACGCUCUCAAUCUGAACAUGAUCAGGCUUCUGCACCGUGCCGUGGACGAGGUCGACCGACGGGCUGGCCGCUUCGGCUGCAUCGUGCUGGACGGCGCGGGUGGCAGGGCGUUCUGCGCGGGCGGGGACGUGGCGGACGUGCGGGCGGAAGGCAUGGCGGGAGGUUCGCUGCCCGCAGAUUUCUUCAUGGAGGAAUACGCAUUGGUCCAUCGCCUGGCGAGCAUGCCAGAGCGCACUGGCUGCUGCCAGGUGAGCAUAUGGGAUGGCAUCGUCAUGGGCGGGGGGGUCGGCAUCAGCGCCCACGGGGCCAUUCGCAUCGCCACCGAAAGGACACUGUUCGCGAUGCCCGAGAUGGCGAUAGGUUUCUUCCCUGACGUGGGUCUCACUUUCAAGCUGAGCCGCCUACCCUUGGGCCUCUGCGUGGGCCUCUACAUCGGCAUGACCGGCGCACGACUGGGCCCGUGGGACUGCAUGCGCGCUGGCCUGGCCACGCACUUCGUGCCCUCGGCCAGCAUUCCGAGUCUCCGGAAGCUGCUCGGGAGCCGCCUAUCUGGCGUUGGUGGCGGCGCAGCGGAGCAGGAGGCAGCGUGCAUGGCUUGCGCCAGCGAGGCUGGCGCAGGCGAGAUGCCACCUCGACCCACGAACGCAGUGCUGACGAAAGAGAACGUGGCGGUGAUCGAUCGGUGCUUCGCGGCCCCCACGCUCGAGGGCAUAUUUGCCGCGCUUCGCGCGGAGACGGGGCAGUUUGCCGCCGCGACGCUGCAGUCGAUGGUGGCGGCGUGCUCCCCGACGUCCUGCAAGGUGACCCUGCGGGCGAUGCACGCCUUCGCUGCCGAAGGCGUUGGCCUCGGGCACGCGCUAAGCAUGGAGUAUCGCCUGGCCCUGCGGUUCUCCACGCGGCCGCAGCCGAUGUCGGACUUCUUCGAGGGCGUGCGCGCGGUGGUGGUGGAUAAGGACCGCAGGCAGAGCUGGCGCCCGGGCUGGUCCCAGCUCGCCGAGGUCGUGCGACGCUGAGCGACGCCCAACGAGGUCUCGGACGAGGCGCUGGAGGCGUUCUUCGCGCCACUGGGCGCGGAGGGCGGCAGGGGCGAGCUGGUCCUGGACGGGCCGCACGCCUGGGGCGAGCACGCCCGCGCGCCGCUCCCGCCGGCGAGGCCGGCGGGCCCGCGCCUGUGAGGCCGGCGGCCGGCGCCCUGCGGGGGAAAAAGGCACGGCGCCUCGGCUGCCUCGACGCGCCCGUGGCCUCUGGGGCGCAGCACGUGCCGUGCUCGGAGCGUGCGUGUCGAUGCGCUGCGUGUUGGCUCGACGCGCUCCCCAAUUAGAGCUGUGCGUAGCCCGCCUAGCUUUGAACCGGAAGAGGUUCGCUCUCGCCCCGCAGACCAAAAAGUGUUGGCUCGACGCGCUGGCCCACGCCUGGGCGAACAUGGCGCGUCAGGCCUGCGUCUGCGGUCUGCGUGCGGAGCUCCGCAUCGAUGCGCCGCGUGCUGCGUGCUGCGUGCCGGGGCAGCCAGGCAGGGCGCCCCUCCCGCUGCUCCUGCGGGGUCCGCGGUGUUUGCUCCGCGCGCCCGAGGUGCCCCGUCGCCCCGCAGCCUCUGAGGGGGGUGGCGUCCCCAGCGGGCUCUCUCCCCCCGAAGGGGAGUGGCGCCCGCUCCCGGGGCACGCGAGGCGAC